AUGAUACAAGUUUGGUUUCAAAAUCGACGCGCCAAAUGGCGUAAACGUGAACGUUAUACGAAUGCACCUCAAAUUCGUUCAUUAACUGUACCAGCAACCAAUCCUUACGAUAUUUCAUUAAUAUCAGCUGCAAGUAGUCAAUAUCCAUCAG